AUGGGGUUUAUGAUCUUAGCUGAUGCAAAAGUGAACGAGGUUUCAAGUUUCCCAAAUUGUAGAAAUGGCUCUGCAGCAUUCUACGUAUUGGGAGAUUCGUCUGUUGAUUGCGGAGACAACACACUGUUUUACCCACUCAUUCACAGUUACCUGUCCUUGUAUUCGUGUAAUGGUUCCAACGGCUCAACUCUUAUUCCUCAUCUUCUUGCUGAGAAGAUGGGCAUGCAGAACAUCUUACCAUUCUACAGUCAAAAUGGAUCCAUUAAUGGAAUACAGAGAGGCCUUAACUUCGGUUCAGCACACGCAACAAUCAUGAAUCACGGCAGCCAGAGUUAUCAGUCUGUGAACCAGCAGCUCCGGCAAGUUUUUGAUUCUCUGCAACUCUUACAACUGCAGCUUAGCGAGGACAGAGCUCUCAGUUUCAUCAAAUCUUCCAUCUUCUACCUCUCCUUUGGCAAAGAUGACUUUAUAGAACUCCUCCUACAAAAUGCUUCGGGUACUGCAAAACAGAACAGUACUGAUCAAGAAUUUGCACACAUUUUAGCAGAUCAAAUGAUACAUGUUAUACGGAACCUUUAUGCCAUGAAUGUGAGGAGGAUCAUAUGCAUGGGAAUAUUACCUUUGGGAUGCACUCCAAGGGUGUUAUUGAACCAAUACAAUUCCACAGCCCAACCACAUGAUGACGACGAUGAUGUUGCAAGGGGAUGUGUAGAGGAGAUCAAUGUGCAUGUCUUGGAGUACAACAGAGAGCUGCGUGAGCAAAUCUCCCAGCUUCAUGUAGAGUUGCCUGAUGCACAGCUUCUGUUUUGUGAUAUUUACCAAGGACUUUCAGAGAUCAUAAACAACCCCCAACAAUAUGGCUUUGAGGAUGUAAAGAGUGCUUGCUGUGGGCUUGGUAUGUAUGGAGCAGAAGUUGGAUGCCUUUCUAAAGAUAUGGCGUGUGACAAAGAAGCAAGUCAUGUGUGGUGGGAUUUAUAUAAUCCUACAAAGGCAGUGAACUCAUUGCUGGCUGAUUCAGCCUGGUCGAGCAAUCCUCUUCCGAUUUGUCGUCCUAUGAACAUCCAGGAAUUUUUCACUGCUUCAGUUUGA